AUGAGUAACAUGAUAGGACCCAGUGCCCCCAGGGCGGCCAGUGACUCCAUGGUGGGCUAUGUGCUUGGCCCGUUCUUCCUCAUCAGCCUAGUGGGGGUGGUAGCGUCUGUGACAAAGUACAUCCAGAAGAAGAAACAUGUGGACAGGCUGCAGCAUCACCUACUGCCUAUGUUCAGCUAUGAACCAGUAGAUGAACUUCAUGAAGCUGAGCAAAAGUUGCUAUUUGAGGUGGGGGAUCCCAAGUUGUUCCAUGGCUGGCACAGUAGCUACCAGCACAAAUGGAUGCCACUGUCCCCACCAAGCCCUGGCUGCACUGGAGGGGAGACCUUUUUUACCUGUUACAGGAGUUGA